AUGGAGAACGACAGCCAGGUGCCACUGGCUCCCAAGCAACCACCCAAUGCCCUGAUCCACUUCGAGAAAGAUGCGCGCCGCUUCGACAGUGUCGAGGUCGGCCAGAACUCUCAAAUCACGAUGGUCCCAGAACUCGAAGGCAAUGUCCUACGCGCAUAUCUCACCAUUCAGUACCGGAACGUCAAAUGCGUUUACCUCCUUGAGCACAAGGACGGCGAGGUGGAGGUGAUCGGCGGCCCUCUACACCACAAGACCGCAUUCUACAAGAAGUUCUCCAAGAUCGAUCAGAGACGAGUCAAGUUCCGCGAGGACUUGCACAGGUCUGGCAGCAACGGAAAAGCUUCCAAGUGGUCGUUCCUCUGCCUGACUUUCAAGAAGGUGCCUCGCGACUCUGUUGCAAAGCACUUCUCAGGGGAGGAGUUCACCAUUGCGUGCAUCAUCUCAAGUGCUCAAGUCGCCAAGAUCUUCGAUGACUGCGUCCUCAUUGCCAAUGGCAAGACCUGCCUUCGCGCGCCUAUGAAGCGUGUGAACGAAGUGACUCACGAGGACGCUUCCUCCGAUGUCAGUAACAAGAAGAGACGUAUUCCAGAGUCAAGCGCGAACGACGCAGACGGUGACAAUGAUAGCGGCGUCGACCUUCCACCCAGCGAGCCAGAUCUCGAAGCGAUGAGAGCGCAGAUCGAGGACGGAGUGAGAGCCCGGCUCGAACAGGAGCUGGAGGCCAAGUACAAGAUCCAGGUAAGUCCUCCAAGCUGA